AUGACAAAUUCACCAAUUCAAGAUUCUAUGGAAACCGAGCAUGAAUCCGAAGGAUUUGGAGGAACAUUUGAAAAUUUGGAGUUUGAAUACGAAGAAACUGAUUUCCUAGAUCACAUGCUAAUGACCAUGAAGCAGUUCAAGAUAUUGAAUACAAAGCUCAAUUCAAUUCUUCAAUCUCAGGCAGAUCUUGGGGGAGGAAAUUCAAUGACUAGUCUAGAAGUUGAUGGUCUGUUAAAAUUACGUGAAUGGAGGAUUACUUCAAAGGUUUCAGGAAUGAUAAAAGAUUCCGAGUCUCGUCUCCUAGAGAAAAUUGAUAUUUGUGAUCAUAGCAAUGAGAUGAGGGUAAACUCUCAUAAAUCUACUUUUGAAGGUGAUUUGAAGGAAUUAAAAUUGGUGGCAAAGGAACGUCAUGUCUUAUUUGUUCAAGAUGUGAAAAAGGUGAGAGAAGAUGUGAAUUUUAAGCUUCAAGAGCUUCGACCAGACAUGGAGAACAAAUUGCAGUUGUUUGCACCGAAUUUGCAUCUCUCAAUCAGAAGAUGGAUGUCACAACCCGAAAUUUCCAUUCUAUACAAACGAUAUCACUUCAAUAGAAGUUAUAACAAUCAUAGUUGA